CAAUAUAGACAUCAAUCAUUGUGUUUUUAUUUUGGGAGUAAUUUAAUUUUUAUUACGACCAAAAAAAAUUCCAUUCUUCUUGAACAGUUUCAAUCAGAAAAGCUAGGAGUGACAUCAACGCAAACACUAGAGUCUAUGCUAAGAGCUUGUUUUGCAAUGAACACCAGGAUUGGCAUCAACAUUAAUAUAUAGAAGCUUGAAUCUCUGCAAUGAGUUGCAUAACAUCUUCAGUUCUUUCAAAAUAUGAAUACGAUCCUUCUAUUAUUCCAGAUGUCUGACAUGCAGUCUGUUUGGAGUAUGACAUUAUGAAGUCCAAGCCUAACUGCACUUUUUAUACCUUCCGUACAUCCCAGCAAUUCAUUGAGAAAGCGUAGCCUGAAUUGACAAAUCCCCCAUAUUAUCCUUGAUUAAAUAUUCAGCCCCAACCCCCAGCAGUUUGAGUUGUCUGAUCAAUAGCCUGGCUGCUGGUGUUUUUGCUAGGAUUACUAAAUUGGCACAUUGCAGGAUCUUGUUUGUGUCUCAAAGGUCAAAGCUGAAUACAAUUAGGACCCAGUCUCCAAUCUAGUAGGUAGUAGUCAAAUGCUAGUUUAGCUGCUGUCUUACUAUGCACCCCGAGUCUUAACUGUUUGUUUCCAAACUGAACAAUUUUCCAUAGCACAACUGACCAGCAGCCUGUUUUUAAUCUAUCGGGGAGUAGAUUCUAGGUCGGCUGAUCUCUUACAAUGCACUAGAUGAUCGGUAUCCUUUUGUUUCUUCUCGCGUUGUACCCUGUAUACUGUUGCUAUGAACUGAUGAAAUGGCCGAGGAGAGACAUUGCACACUGUUGUGCGUUUCUCCACACCUUUUGUUUUUCCACUUUAAUAUCCAUUAUGUAUUGCUGCUGAAGGUUAUGCUAAUUUCCUUAUAUUUCUUCAGUGCGAGGCUGGGCAUGUUUUGUGUUCUCUGUGCCUGGAAAAGCUCCGUGUGGUCGGGCACGCUUCGAAGUUAGACAUUUUCUGUGAUCUGUGUUGCAAAACCAUGAGCUACCGUCGUUGUGUCGAACUAGAGCAAUUCAUCAACGCCAUCAAAGUUCCAUGCUCAAACCAAACUUAUGGCUGCAAUGAGUCCAUCAGAUACCAUGAGAAAGUGAAGCAUGAAAGCGAAUGUACACAUGCUCCAUGCCACUGCCCAGAGACUGACUGCACUUUCAGAGGGGCAAUAUGUUGCCUUCUGGAGCACUUCAUCACCGCGCAUGGAUGGUCGCCGACCAACUUCAGCUACAACAAGCCACUGAAGGUAUCAGUUGCUCGCGACCACCGUUUCACGCUCCUCGUCGGGGAAGACCAGUCCAUGUUCCUCCUGACUAACACUCUGACGGGAAUCGGCAAUGCUCUAUCCAUGGUCUGUGUCAGGCCUCAUGAAUCUGGACCAAACUAUUCAUGCAACAUCUCGGCCACUAACAAUGUUGUUAGUGGAAAAGCUGAGGGGAGGCUCGUGUUCCAGAAGGAUCCACUUGUGUCGAGCAGCUCGCUGUCAGGUGGAGUUCAGUUGGGCAAAUUCUUCCUGCUGGUUCCCCCGGAACUCGCUGAUAACCCAUCUGGUGAACUCACGGUACACAUCCGUGUCGACAGACUCGUGGCUUAGGGAUCUCAGCUAGAAGUUCAGAGAAUUCUGGGUCGCCGUCCUUGCAAUUAACAUCACUAGGAGUGACUGCAGAAGAAAAUUGUUUUGCUAUGUAGAUUUGUUGUCUGUAAUGGUAGAAGUUACCUAUCCAGACCCCAAACUCAUGAGUGUCAUGAAUGGCUGGCUGCUCUUGGUUAUGAAGAAUAGCUUCAAAUGUACAGGUUGCUUAAUGUACCAAUUGAGAUCUAUAUCUUGCAACUGAAAAUUAUACUGUUUGUCAGGUA